AUUAGCGGCAAACCGCGAUAGAGAAUUGUUUAAAUAAUUAUAAUUUUGUUAGAAAAAUAUGUCAGAUCAAAGCUCAGGGGGUCACGGAAAAUUUGCAGGUGUACUGCUUCUCCUUCAAGGAUUGUUGAUAAUCUUAUUUGUAGUCUUCGUUGGCUAUAGUGAUGAUCUUCUUCCAGAGACUGUUGCAGCAAAAAACUCGAAGGGCGGCACAACUGAUGCGAAAUAUUCUGUGUUUGAAGGACUACAUUUCAUGGUUUUCAUUGGGUUUGGACUUCUCAUGACAUUUCUGAAGAAAUAUGGAUUUAGUUCCCUGGGAUAUAAUUUUCUUAUAUCUGCUUUGGUUAUUGAGUGGUCUACAAUGAUGCAAGGAUUUUUAGACAUGAAGAACAGCAAAAUUCAAAUUGGAUUAGAAAGCAUGAUCAAGGGUGACCUUGCUGCAGUGGCUGUGACAAUCACCUUUGGAGCAUUACUUGGAAAAACAAGUCAUCACCAGCUGCUAAUUAUUUCAUUUAUUGAAGUGAUACUCUACUCUGCCAAUAGAGCAAUAGGCACCAAGAUUUUCCAUGCAGUGGAUGCUGGUAGUUCAAUGUAUGUUCACACAUUUGGUGCCUUCUAUGGUCUUGCUGUGUCACGCAUAUUAUAUAAAAGCAAAAUUGUGGCUCAUGAGAAAGAGACCUCCAGAUAUACAUCUGAUCUUUUUGCCACAGUGGGAACAAUAGUCCUAUGGGUUUGCUGGCCAAGCUUUAAUUCUGUGCUUGUGGAAGGAGUCGCAAGGCAACGAGCCAUUGUUAAUACAUACUAUGCCAUCAUAACCAGCUGUGUUACUUCCUGUGCAUUCUCAGCCCUAAUGACAAAGGGAUCAAAACUAAGUAUGGUUCAUCUCCAGAAUGCCAGCCUGGCAGGGGGUGUGGCUGUGGGUACAAUUGCACCCAUGAUAAUUCAGCCAUGGGGUGCAGUGCUGAUAGGGUUUGUAAGCGGGGCUUUAAGUACCUCCAGCUUCAAAUACACUCAGCCCUGGCUCAUAAGAAGGCUUAAAGUUCAUGACACUUGUGGAGUUAACAGCUUGCAUGGAUUACCAGGGAUCUUGGGAGCUGUAGCAGGAACCAUCUCUUCUAGUAUUGCUGGAUAUAAACAGUACAAAACAAGUCUCUAUACAGUAUUUCCUGCAAGGGCUCCCAUUUUCAAUAGUACCCAGUACUUUGAGUUGGUGAAAUUUGACCCAGAUGCUGUGGAUGGACUAGGGUGGAGUUCAGGGAAACAAGCAGCAUUUCAGUUUGCUGCACUAGCUGUUACAUUAGCUUUAGCAAUAGCUGGUGGACUCCUAACAGGUGUCAUUGUCAAGCAGCCAUUUUUUGAUCCUUUAAGGGAUGAAGCAUUGUAUGAUGAUGGAGAGUUUUGGGAAGUCCCUGCUGAUUUUCGUCCAUUAUCUGGUACUGUAUAUCCUCCAAGAGAAAAUGGUGCAGUGCAGGCAGAACAAGCUGAAUCAUUAGUCCAACAAGAAGAAAAUGAAUCAGAAGAACAGGCUGAUGGUCAAGUGUAAAAACAAUAUUAACAUGCAAUGAUUAUCUUUUAUUGGUACUGAUUGAGUACUUCUGUAAAAUACAGGUACUUAUUGUAAUUUGUAAGCAAUGUUUUUUCCAACUUAUAUAAGAUUUUGUAUUAAAAAGAAAUUAUUAGACAAUUAAUAGGAAAUAAUUUUUUCUUACUCAACAUCAAAGAAAUUCUAUUAUCAACUACUGAAAGAAUAUUAUAUUCCCUUAUGCAAUCUGUGAAAGUGUCAUGUAAAGGCUAUGUGUCUUUCUUUUAAAUGAAAGACAGGAUAAAUGACUUAAUUCUUUAAGUCUGAUCUGGUUUGUGACUCUCCCUUUCAGAUGUUAUACAUUUCAUUGUGAAUUAAGGGAGAAAUUGGUGUUAGAUCAGAGUAACUAGAGUUAAUACUUUGGCUUUUUUUUUUGCAAACACUGAAAAGUGUGUGUCAGUUGUAAACUAAAAUCAAAAAGUCCUAAGCUAAAAUUUUUGGCAAUUCUUAUUACUUAUUUUCUGGAUAACAUCUGUGGAAGAUAAAUUACGUAUUAAUCACAUCCAGAAGUGGAAGGUGUUCAUCUUAGUUCUAUAUUCCCAUGUCUAAGGUGGAACACUCAGAAUCAGGGAGACUGAUUGACAUAUUUCCAUUUUAAAUAGACUGAAUUUUGCAUUGAAAAACAAGUCAAGCAGGGGAUGCCAUUCUUCUUCCUAAACCCCUUACACCCCUGACAUCAGUAUGCAUAUUCUCUAUACUUUUCUCUAUACAUUUCCUACAGUGCCAAAAAGGAGAAUUUGUUCAACAAUCAAGAGCUUCUUGGGUUGGUGAUCAUUUCCUUUAUCCUCAUGACCUUAUUGUGUGAUCUGGGGGUGAUUUUGUAAGGAGAAAUUAGAUGCUAAUCACUCUUAGGGGUCAAAGGUUUAAAAAAAAAAAAAAAAAGGUCCCAAAGGGUUUUUAAGGGAUGGUAAGGUGUAUGUUAGGCCAGAUUAUUUAACUUUAUAGAUCUCACCAAUUUAAGAAUGAUAAACAGACCCAAAAAACCAUAAGGGAUUAUAUGGUUAAAAGUCACUUUUGUCCAUAUAUAUUUUAUUAGAGAAACCAUUAAUAAAGAGAAUUUAAGGGAGUUUUUUGCAGGUAUUUUAACUCAUUACAAAGUGGUUGCAGACUUAAUGAGAUUUUUAAGUUGUUGUCUAGCAUGUUUUAUACAGAACAAAAAAAUUAUCUAUUAAGCCUAAAGUAGAAAUUCAUAGAUCUUUUGAAAUUUUAAGAAUAUUGUGCUUAUUUAAUCGGCCAAAUAUUUAUCAUAGGAUAUGGUUAAUGAACUGUUUUAACCUUCAGUUAGCAGGGAACCCAAAU